CACACAAACAUUAAUUUUCCCAUAAUGGCUUUUCCUUUAGUACUCUCCCUAUCUAUAUUUCUCAUCUUUUUAUGUUACAAACUCUACAACCGGCUCAUGGCCAAGCUCCCUCCAGGACCGUGGCCGUGGCCGGUCAUCGGGAACCUCUUCGACAUAAAGCCAGUGAGGUUCCGGUGUUUCGCUGAAUGGGCCCAAAUUUAUGGUCCUAUUUUCUCAUUUUACCUAGGGUCACAAUUAAAUGUGGUAGUAAAUAACGCGGAACUUGCAAAAGAAAUUCUUAAAGAUAAUGACCAAAAUUUAGCCAAUAGGUUUAGGACAAAGCCACUUGAUAGUGUGAGUAAAAAUGGAAUGGAUUUGAUUUGGGCUGAUUAUGGACCUCAUUAUGUGAAAGUAAGAAAGGUUUGUAAUCUUGAACUUUUUACCCCAAAGAGACUUGAAGCUCUUAGGCCUAUUCGAGAAGAUGAAGUUACUACCAUGGUUCACAACAUUUUCAGAGACUAUAAUAAGUCUUGCGAUGUUAGUAAAACGAUGAUGCUAAGGGGCUACUUGGGAGCAGUAGCAUUCAAUAACAUAACAAGGCUAACAUUUGGAAAAAGAUUUAUGAACUCGGAAGGUGAAGUUGAUGAGCAAGGUAAAGAGCUAAAAGCCAUUGUAAUAAAUGGGUUCAAAAUUUCAGGAAAAUUAAAUUUGGGAGAAUUUGUACCAUGGCUACGUUGGGCAUUUAAAGAUGACAAUGAAGCACUUGAGGCACAAGACAGACAUUUGGAUAAAUUUACAAGAACUAUAAUGGAAGAACACACAAUUGCUAGGAAAAUAACUGGGGAAACCAAACAUCACUUUGUUGAUGCUUUGCUUACCCUCCAGAAGGAGUAUGAUCUCAGUGAUGACACUAUUAUUAGUCUUUUUUGGAAUAUGAUGUCUGCGGGGAUGGACACAGUUGCCAUAACAGUUGAAUGGGCUAUGGCGGAACUAGUAAAGAAUCCAAGAGUUCAACAAAAGGUCCAAGAGGAGUUAGACCGGGUUAUCGGGUCAGAUCGAAUCGUAAACGAAACAGAUAUCUCCAAACUCUCCUAUUUACAAUAUGUAGUCAAAGAAUCACUAAGGCUGCACCCUCCAACUCCCUUAAUGUUGCCUCACAUGGCCGGUGAAAAUGUCAAAGUGGGUGGUUACAAUAUUCCUAAAGGUUCAAUCGUACAUGUUAAUGUUUGGGCAUUGGGACGUGAUCCAAAAAUUUGGAAAGAUCCUUUACAAUUUUGGCCAGAAAGAUUCAUGAAAGAGGAUGUUGACAUGAAGGGACAUGAUUAUAGGUUAUUACCAUUUGGUUCUGGUAGACGUAUAUGUCCAGGAAUGAACCUUGCAAUUAAUUUGGUGACAUCUAUGUUGGCUCAUCUGUUGCACCAUUUUGUUUGGUCAUUGCCUAAUGGUGUUGAGGUUAAAGAUGUUGACAUGAUGGAGAGUCCUGGUAUUGUGACUUAUAUGCAAACUCCAUUACACAUUGUUCCUACUCCUAGGUUGCCUCUACACUUGUACACACAUGUCGAAUGAACAAGUCAAACAUCAUUUUAAUUUGUUGAAGUCAUGAUGAUAAUAUUAUGUAAUAUCUUUUGUUUUUCCAUUUCUUAUACUUUAUAUGUUUUAGCUAAGUUGUUGCUUUACUUUCAUAUUCUUAUUGUAACAUCUUUGUGGAGUAAAAUGUAUCCAUUUUAAUUAUCUAGUACUUGAGUAAGUUCAAUUUGUCUCCACUAUAUUUGUAAUUUUGAACAACAAUCUAAUGGAACUCCAAGAAAUUUUUGCUUUUA